GUUCUCCCAACCGAUGAAUCAGUUGAACACAAGAAGUCCCACAGACAGAGCCAUCGGAAGAAGGUGCUACCGGAGAUCUACCUGACCAGGCUGCUCUCCACAAAGGGCACGCUGCAGAAGUUCCUGGACGACUUGUUCAAAGCCAUUCUCAGUAUCCGAGAUGACAGACCACCUGUGGCCGUGAAGUAUUUCUUUGACUUCCUAGAGGAGCAAGCAGAGAAAAGAGGGAUCACAGACCCUGACACUAUACACAUCUGGAAGACCAACAGCUUACCUCUGAGGUUUUGGGUCAACAUCCUGAAGAACCCCCAGUUCGUCUUCGACGUUGACAAGACAGACCACAUCGACGCCUGUCUCUCUGUGAUAGCCCAGGCCUUCAUUGACGCCUGCUCCCUGUCUGACCUGCAGCUUGGCAAGGACCGUCAGAGCCUGAAGAACCCCCAGUUCGUCUUCGACGUUGACAAGACAGACCACAUCGACGCCUGUCUCUCUGUGAUAGCCCAGGCCUUCAUUGACGCCUGCUCCCUGUCUGACCUGCAGCUUGGCAAG